AUGCAAACCAGACUUUUUGUCUUUUCGACUUUGAUGAUCGUGGCGCGCGUGCGUGCGUGCGUGCACUGUGCAUUUUGUGCUGUCUCUCGUCGACCAUCCGCGACCCGACACGUUGCACAGCCUCUUCCGGCAUUUUCCUGCGACGAUCCCCUGCAUCGCAUGGCACUCCGAACUCACUUGCGAGCACGGCGGACCAAUCUUUUCCCAUAUCUCGUAUUGGACCUUGGGCCCAAGGAAGAGGGACAGAGCAAUUUUUGUGUUUGUGCUGUGAUGAUGCGCGAUUCAGAUCAGAGCUUGUCACCAAAAAGGUUGAUGGAUUGUAAUCGAGCCAACGGGAAUUCAAGGGACGGCUCGCAGCCAACGCGAGAGAUGAGAUUGCGCGGGUUCUUUUUUGUGGUUCUCACUGGAACAGACGUCUGGUCUGGAGGUGUUGUAUCAUUUCGCGAGCCUGUCUGCUUUGCCUUGUAA